UUUCCUAGUACGAAGUCAGAAAUGUCAAGUUACGAGUUUCAGACGAAUGCCGUGUUGGUCUCAUAUUUAUGACGUUGUUGCCGUUGCCCCUGCGCUUCUCCCUGGUUAACCCCGUUGAGUGAACGGCCUGGUUAACGAAACGCGUAUUCACAACUAGGAUUUUUCUCUUUGAAAUGUCAACAAUGGCGCUUGGAAUUACUACAUAAUUGGUUUACUUGUUGUGGGAAUAAAGACGAAGCAGGAUAUUGUAUUUACUCUUCGUGUUUUUUUUUUGUUCUUCGUGUUUUAGACCGUUUCGCUUCUAAGCUUGCUGCUAGUUUGCCUAGCCGCAUUGCUUUAGGCCUCUCCCGCUUUGUUUUCUUUAUAUUUUUUGGAUUUCCCAUCGGAGCGUCUGCGGAGCAAUUAAUCUGGGGUGAUUCUUGAUCGGGACUGCGUUUUUCUCCAUCACUUGGACUACAUUUGGAAAUCUCUGCAUUUGUAAAAAAAAAAAAAAAAAAAAAAAAAAAAAACCGUUGUCGAAAGUGGACGUUGCGGGCUGACGCCGUGAAGUCUGCUCAGGCGUUCACACGGACGUUUUAAUGAACAUUGACCUCCCUUUCACCGGACCCUUAUUUCUCGUUGUAAUAUCUUUAACUCCGGACUGAUUGUAGUGUUUGGUAUUCAUUAACCUCCUCUGGAUCCAUCAUGACAUCCUGCGGGUUUUCUUUAGCUGCUAAUUCCGCUGCUGUUGUUGGGCUUUGGGCUGAAUGGGGUUUGUUGGCCUUGGCAUAAGAGAGGAAAGGGAGCGUUAGCUCAUUGUGUUGAUAGUAGAUAAUCUGAUCUGACAGGAAAACGUGUGUGUAAAAAAUGUCUUGUGUUCAUUACAAGUUUUCCUCUAAACUUAACUACGACACGGUGACUUUCGACGGGCUGCACAUCACCGUGAGCGAGUUGAAGCGCCAGAUCAUGGGCCGGGAGAAGCUGAAGGCCGCAGACUGCGACCUCCAGAUUACCAACGCCCAGACUAAAGAAGAAUACACUGAUGAUGGCGCUCUAAUCCCCAAAAAUUCAUCUGUCAUCAUCAGGCGUAUACCAAUCGGUGGUGUAAAGGCAGCCAGCAAAACAUUUCUUAUUGAUCGAUCUGAACCAUCAGUUGGAUCUUCAAAAGCCAUUGAUGAUUCUCCCUCCAUUUCUCUGGCCCAGCUCUCUAAGACGGCGAAUCUUGCAGAGGCAAACGCCUCGGAAGAAGACAAAAUCAAAGCAAUGAUGUCACAGUCCAAUCACGAAUACGACCCCAUUCAUUACACAAAGAAGCCGGUGGGUCCUCCUCCUCCAAAUUACACCUGCUUUCGCUGUGGGAAAAGUGGACACUACAUCCGAAACUGCCCGACCAAUGGGCAGGAUAAAAGUUUUGAGGCGCCUCAGAGGAUUAAAAAGAGCACAGGGAUUCCUCGCAGCUUCAUGAUGGAAGUGGACGAUCCAAAUAUUAAAGGCGCCAUGCUGACCAACACUGGCACUUAUGCCAUUCCCACCAUUGACGCUGAAGCUUAUGCAAUUGGAAAGAAGGAGAAGCCACCCUUUGUCCCUCAGGAACAGUCAUCCUCUUCUGAUGAUGAAGAUCCUGUUCCAGAUGAGCUGCUCUGUCUGAUCUGUAAAGACCUCAUGGCUGAUGCCGUUGUGAUUCCCUGCUGCGGAAACAGUUACUGUGAUGAAUGUAUUCGAACAACUUUGUUGGAGUCAGAGGAACACGUUUGUCCCACCUGCAACCAGUCUGAUGUUUCACCUGAUGCUUUAAUUGCCAACAAAUUCCUACGUCAAGCUGUGAACAACUUCAGGAAUGAAACCGGCUACACCAAGAGAAUUCGCAAAGCUGCUGCUCAGAGUUCUGUCCCCGCACCCCAGCCUCAACCCCGCGUCCAGCGCCCUGUUCAGCCCCUCAAACUUCUAAAUUCCCGCCAGCAGGAUCCGCUACGCGCUCACACGCCACCCCAGAACCCACCUGCUGCCGUAGCCCCACCCCCUGCCAUUACGCCACCCAUUACUGUCACUCAGCAGUCUUCAGCGAUGCCUCCUGAGGUUGAUGCUUCACCUGUGGCCGUAAACAAUAGUUCCUCCCCCGCAGUGGCUCUUUCUCCACCACAGCAGCCCAAGCAAGAUGAUGUUGUCAUACCUAAAGAGCCAGAAACACAGCCAACAUCUGUGAUAUUAUCUGACAGUCUGCUUCCUACUCCAGUUAUUCCAAAAGGGCACCACGUUCCAGUGAUCAGCCAGCCACAUGUGCACACACUUCCUCUCCCCAUUCCCAGAUCAGGACCGUUGAGGCCUGGCGCCCCAAGACUGCCGGCACCCCGGCCUGCAUGGGAUCCGUCCUCAGGCCGAGGCCGGCCCCUCCUUAAUGAUCGGCACCCAAGGACACUAGUUCCUCCAGUCCAACCUCCUCCUGUUGCUCCAAACCUUUACCCUCCCUCUCUGUUCCCUCCCCCUCAGCAUACUUUGCCCCACCUGCCUGGUGUUGUGCCUCCACAGUUCCCAAUGCAGUUCCCUCAGGGGCAACAACUUCCCCCCCCUUUCAACAUGCCUCCCCCAGGUUACCCUCCUGCCCCAACAAAUGUACCCAGUCCCUGGGUUCCACCAGGUACUCAGCCCCCACUCACAAACCCUCCAGUACCCCCAAUACCAGCAGCACACUUACUGUCCAAGGAGGAGUUCUAUAGACAGCAGCGUCGACUGAAGGAAGAGGAGAAGUCCAAACUUGAGGAGUUUACCAAUGACUUUGCCAAAGAGUUGUUGGAGUACAGAAAGAUCCAGAAGGAGAGAAGGCGGUCCUAUUCCAGGUCAAAGUCUCCAUAUCGAUCCUCCUACAGUGGCUCAUCCUACUCUUACUCAAAGUCCAGAUCCCGUUCUCGAUCUCCACGUUCUUAUUCACGCUCCAUAUCACGAUCUCGCUCUAGAUCGCGUUCCCGUUCUCGUUCCCGAUCCCGUUCUCGUUCCUACUCUCCAUACUCCCGAAGAGGCAGAGGUCGUAGCCGCAGUUAUCGUUCUAGAUCACGCACACCCCCAUACCAUCGCUCCCGAACACGCUCUCCUUCCUAUAGAGGGCGGGAUGGAGGAGGAGUGAGUGGAGGUGUCUAUCGAUCUCGCUCUAGGUCACCAAUCUAUAGGGCCCAAAGUCCUGGCAAGAAACUGCCUCCAGCUUCUCAGGUAGAGGACCGCAAAUAUGGCGGAAGGUACAGAGAGAUUCCUCCAUAUGAUGCCAAAGCUUACUAUGGGCGAGUGCUUGAUCAAAGCGAUCCCUAUGAAAGGGAAAGGUAUCGCGAGUGGGAGAGAGAGUACAGAGAGUGGUAUGAGAAGUAUUUCAAGAAUUACGAGGGGCCACAAGGUGGUCAGAUCAGAGGCCGUGGUCCAGGUGGACGAGAUCCAUAUUCUCCAGAGCGUUUCCCACCUCACAGACCUAGAGACAACUCGCCGUAUGGCAGGGGUCGCCGAGAGGACUAUCCACCACAUGGCAUCCCACCAAGAAAUCGUCCAUUGACUUAUCAGGAAAGGUGUGCAGAAAAGUACGGCCAUCUUCAUGUCAACAAUAUGGCAGUUGGAAGAGGGAUAAACAAAGAAAGCCUGAAACCCACCAAAGAACGAGAGCCAACCACAAGCACUGCUGUGGACUCUAAGGGCCUGAAACACAAGAAACAUAGGAAAAAAAGGAAAGGGGAGGAGGGAGACAUGUUUAGCCAUUCUGACUCAAUGGAGGAAUCUAAGAAAGAUGAACGUAAGGGAGACUCGAUGCUGAUGAACUCGAGUCGUGAUGAUGCCACACCAGUCAGGGAUGAGCCCAUGGAUAGUGCCUCUGUGCCCUACAAGAGUGCUUCAGACAAGGAGAAAAAAGAUAAAACCAAAAGCAAGACCGAAAAAGUUAAACGCAAGACUGAGAGUGGUACACAAAAGAAAGAAGCUCCGGCAAAAAGCACCAAGCCUGCCAGAGAAAAGGAUGCAGAUUCAGGGCGGGAAAGAGUUGUUCCCACUGAACCAGCCAUUAAAAGGAUCAAAGAAGAGCCUCCUCAGAAGACUGAUGGAAGUAAACCACAUACUUCUGAGAAACUCAUGCUUCCUCGCAAAUUGGCCCAGUCUAGACCGGUCAAGCAACACCAAGAGCAAAAAGCAGUCAAAGAUGAACCUAAAGAUAAAAAAGAACCAGUCAAAGACUCUACAAAAGUUGAGAAACCUCCUGCUAAAGAUGGAAAGCCCAAGUUGGAAAAGCCCAUCAAAGCUGAUGAGAAACCUGUCAGCAAAGCAAGUGAGAUGAAGGGGGAAAAAAGGAAACGAAAAGAGGAAAAGCCACUUGUGAAGGAGUCAGAGUUUAUGCCCAACAAAUCUCCAAGGGUGGAAGUUGCUGAGAUUGCCAACGUCUCGCCCAAGCCCAAGCCGAAGGUGGAGAAUGAGAAGCCGAUGCAGAAGGAGAAGCCUGCCAUUCCUUCUCUGAUGGAUAUUAAACCUGAACCUGUUAGAAAGAUCAAACUCAAUCGUGAGAUUGGAAAGAGGAUUGUGAGUACUGAGCGACUUUCUUCAGAAGAAUCUGGUGCUGGGAAGAACAAACUAGACCAGAAGUCAAAGGUCAAGCUACGACGACAGGGGCAUGGCACAGACCGAUCUGGAUCCACAUUGGUUGAUUACACCAGCACCAGCUCGACUGGCGGUAGUCCCAUCAAAAGGCAUGAGGAGAAACCAGACCUGAAGAAGACUGUGGUGAAAACGCUGGAGGAAUACACCAAUGAUAGCUCAACACCUGCUGAGGAUGAAAUAGUCAUGAUCCAGGUACCUCGCUCCAAAUGGGAGAAGGAAGACUUUGAAUCUGAGGAAGAUGAAUCCAAGGUCACACAUGCCUCUUCUGGAAAUGGAAAUGCUUCCGCUGCUAAUACGGCUGCUCUUGCUACUUCACUAUCUAGCGACAAGGAGACUAGUAAAACACUCCAUGACUUUAAUGAUGUUCAACUUGAGGCUAAACCUUCCAAGGAUCUGUCAGGUGAUAAGGAGAAAGACACUGAUUGGGAAAGGGAGCGUGAUAGAGGCAAAGAACGAGACAGAAGCAACUCUGAUCGUGAUGCCUCAGACAGAAAGAAACCUGGUACGUUAAAUCAGGACCGGGAGCGAGUACAGGAGAAAGGAAGUGACCAUGGAAGUGAGAGAAGCUCCUCAUCUCAGUCUUCCAGAGACAGACAGACUGAUAGGACUGCAUCAACAUCCAGGAAGCCAUCAAGUAGGGAAAACAAUUCAAGUCUUGGUGACAAGAAACAGGACAACCGCAGCAGCACAAAAGACCACACAGAUUUUCGUCAGAGAGACACGAAAUCAAGAGAACAGCUCAGGAAGAAAGACUCACCAUCUCCACCCUCAAAAAUGCCAACAGACACCACUAAAAGGGUGCCUAUUGCAUCCCAGGAGUCCAGGAUGUCUGAAUAUAGUCCUUCCGCAGAGAGGAAGGUAUUGUCUCGGGAGUCCAAAAGGGCUUCCUCUGAGGACUCUAAAGCAGACAAGGCAGUACACAGAGAAGGAACAAGGCACUCUGAUAAUCGGAUCGCAAAGGACAAGGAGCAACACAAAGUGAACCAAAGCACCACAUUGAUAGAGACCAGGAGUGAUGCUGAGAGAAGUGAUGCUCGAAUAAAGCCUCCUUCAGCCCGUUCCAUGCGUUUGUCCUCAGACUUGACACGGGAGACAGACGAGGCUGCCUUUGUCCCAGACUACAGCGAGAGUGACAGCGACGCAUCAGAUCCAGAUAACAAGGCGGAGCCAAAGGAAAAGGGACAGGAAAGCAGUGUAAGUCCUGUCCACAGUAGGAGUGCUAGCCCCACUGGAAGUCAUGCCAACAGCAGCAGCCCAAGCUCACCAGGUAGUCAGGACAGCAAGAAAAAGAAGAAAGAGAAGAAGGAGAAGAAGGAGAAGAAGAAGCACAAAAAGCACAAGAAACACAAAAAACACAAGAAGCAUGUAGGCAACGAAUCGGAGUCUGAUGCCAAGGGACAAAAACACAAGCAUAAGAAAAAGAAAUCAAAAAAGAAUAAGGACAAGGACAAGGAGGAGAAAGACAAAGAUAAAGAGGAGAAAGACAACAGGACGAAGGAUGGACAAAACGAAGCACCUGUUUAAGACCUUGACACUUCAUGCGAGUUGUUUUAUAAAGCUCGAUGGUACAGCGAGUAAACAUUUCUGCAUAUUAUAAAGACUACUGUUCAAGCUGAUUAUUUUGUUUGUGUUCCAUAGAAAUUAAUGAUUUAACCAUGCUAAACUCUGCCACAUGAAGAGGGGAGCCUCCUUUAAUAAUGAAGGCUGAUGUAAUAAUUUGCUCAGAAUUUUUUGAUGCAUAUUUUGGAUCUGUUAAUUGUUUUCUGAUGGUUUUGGCAUUAACUAUGUAGAGGCUGUAAAACAGGCACUUUAGAUAUGUGAAUAGAAAUGUGCCCUUUUUACAUCUCCCUUUUGUUUUUCUAAUUGGAGGAGGCCGAUCAUUAACGGUAUAAUAAAUAUUGUUACUGUUCCAACUGGAUAUAGCAUGGGCGGUGGGCACAGCAUGUAAUGAUCUGCUUCAGAGAUGUUUGCACUGUGAAUAUUUUCCUCUACUCUUGAGUUUUUAUGUUACAUCACAUUCUCAUGAUGGUUAAUUUAAAUUACCAAUUGAAAAGGUUUUGUUUAAAGUAAUAAAAUUGAGCAAAAAUCCAA